UCUGCUAGAAACUACAAACCUUGGCGGCUCGCUCCCGUCAAGUAAUUCAUUGUAUCAGAUUUAGACGGGAGGAAGCAGCGAGCGAGUCGGCUGGUCGGAAAAACAACUUUGGUCCGAGAAACACUGAAAAACCCAACUGCUAGGCACAUAAACUGAAGGGAUGGCAGCCAUCCGUAAGAAGCUGGUAAUAGUGGGGGAUGGAGCAUGCGGGAAGACUUGCCUUCUAAUUGUCUUCAGCAAAGAUCAGUUCCCUGAAGUCUAUGUCCCCACUGUGUUCGAGAACUAUGUUGCUGACAUAGAGGUGGACAGCAAACAGGUGGAGUUGGCUCUUUGGGACACAGCAGGUCAGGAGGACUAUGACAGACUGAGACCUCUCUCCUAUCCAGACACUGACGUCAUCCUCAUGUGUUUCUCCAUAGACAGCCCUGACAGCUUGGAAAACAUUCCAGAGAAGUGGACCCCGGAGGUCAAACACUUCUGUCCAAACGUUCCCAUCAUUCUGGUAGGAAACAAGAAAGAUCUGCGUAAUGACGAGCACACACGCAGAGAGCUGGCCAAGAUGAAACAGGAGCCAGUGAAGUCAGAAGAGGGCCGAGACAUGGCCGGGCGGAUUGCAGCAUUUGGCUACAUGGAGUGCUCUGCUAAGACCAAGGAUGGCGUGCGGGAGGUGUUUGAGAUGGCCACCAGGGCAGCACUGCAGGCCCGUCGUGGAAAGAAGAGCAAUAAAUGUGUGCUACUGUAAAUUGGCCGUCAUAUUUGGACUGUUUUCACCCUGGGUUACUAUACCUGGGGAUAGGGCUUGGGAGGGACAGAGGGAUUACAAGAUGGGAGAGGGAGGGAGGGAGGGGGAGGAAGAAGAAAAGAGUGCAGUAAAUGACUACCGCUGUAACCUGGCUGUUUGUUGGACUGAAUUUACCCUGGGACUUGGGUUUGAAAGGCUUUGAUGGCGAAGUACAGGUGGGGAGACGAAGGGAAGGGAGAUGGUAAACGACUACCGCUGUAAACCAUUGGGCUCUUUACCUGUGGGUUUACCAUCUGGGUGGGAAAUUUACACCAGCGACCAGCCAAACGCUGGAACAGUUACUUUUCAACAAGCCACUUACACUGAUAAAGAUCCUUAAGAGUCCUUCGUAAAAUCUAGCUGACUGGUAACCCUGAUGAAGUUGCUCAUGAAUUACAGGGAGUUGGGGACAAUAACAAAAUUUUAAGUUUCCUGAAUGGAUGACCAGACAGACGGAAGGGAGAAACGGACAGCACAGUAAAUGAGUACCACUGUAAAAGGCCACCAGUGGACUUCAUCCCCAGGUGCUCAUGCCUGGAAUUAGGGCUAAGAUGGUGUGAAGUUUGGAAGAUGAAGGGAUGGGAUGUAUGAAGUUCUGAAGUGGCCACGAUAAGACAGGGAAGCCAGGGCAUCACUUCCUAGUUUUGCACUUUUAUCUUGCUCGUUAUAUGCUGUAGGUCAGUUAAAACAGCCCUCAAUAGGAGACAAAUCGCCAGUUAAAUAAAUUGAGUGCUCCUCAGAAUGGUGCUUGAAACAAAUUUGAGGUGUAUUAGCUAGCACUUCAAUCCAAUGGAAGAAAAACUGUCUUAUUGAUAGGAUUAAACUAGUAGUCACAUGCUGUCAGGUGGGUUGUGUUAUUGGAGAGGCAUGGAGCAUGCUCACGUGCCGUUUAGUUUCUCUUUGUAGUUAAUCCUCUGUUUAUAGACUCUGUGACAAACACAUUGAGCCUCUACUCUUACUGGAUAAUCUGUUGCAGACACCUGAUGUUGAGUGCUGUUAUUUGAGGCUAGCUGCUUGUUUUAAACGAGAUCUGAAGUGUAUCUUAUCACAGUCUGCUUGCUUCAGAUCAUCUUAGUGUUUUAGAAAACACAGCCAGGUUCAGUUAUUUCCAGGUUAGCAGCCGUGGGCCUUUGGUGGCCAGGCAAGAUGAGCAUAAACAUGCUGGAGUCUUAACUGCAGCUGGUUUGUCUACUUUAGUUCACAUCUGAGGGUUCUUUAAAAUUUAAGUUCUUCAGACUGAAUCAGUGGAAGUGGCAGGUGAAUUGUGGUCCCAUUGGAAGAGAAAGGUAGCUUCCUGUAUUGCGUAGACCCACCUGAGCAAACUGCCAUGGCUCUGCUCCCAUCCCUUCCUGUUCCACAGCUGGCCGCUGGUGCUCAUCCUCCUCUGGUUUUAGACCAGGACAAAGAACAAGGAGAGGAGAGUAAUGUUUACAUGCGCACCACUGAUUUCCUUAUUUGGGAUGAAUGACUAUGAAUAUUACGUGUGUGUGCUUGUGUAGGCAUGUAGAAGGGUCAUGUGUACAUUAAGCAGAUCAGGUAAAUUUUUAAGGGGUUACCUGUUGGUAACUCUCAUCUGAGAGACAAACAACAAAGUGACAUGACCCUUUUAUCCCAGAACAGUGCAUAGAAAUGCCAGAAUUGUCAGGUUGGUCAGCCAGGUGGAUUUCGUAUAACAUGCAGGUGAUCCACGUCAAAGAAAUAACCACCUGCUGCUAAUAGUUUUUUGUUUAAAUAAAGAAAGAGGAAAACGUAAGCAUGGCCAGUCUGAGGAUUGGUUAGUCACCAACCUUUCCUGACUUUACUGUGCAUUUUGCUACCACGUUCUGGCUCUCUUCUGUGAAAGUGUUGCACCCUCCUGUUCUUCUUCCUGGUCUACAGGGAGGAGCCUGUUCUAGAAACCAGUCUUGUGGUGUUUGUUUUUAUACUUUAUUUCCAACUUCUUUAAAAAAAAAUGUCAUAAACAUAUGUUGUCUAUCAGUAUUUAAAAAAAAAUAAGAGGUGGAAGACUAGGGAAUACUUAUGUUGCUUUAGGUUUUUGUUUUUUCCUUCUCUCUGUGCUUUACCUGAAUCUUUCUGAUGAUUUACAGUUGGUUUUAAUAACCAAUCAAUCAUCCCGCCAAAUGCUGUUGUUGGGCAGUCAGGAGAAAGGCUGGCCUCUCGGCUGCCUGUCUAGAGCAUCGCUAGGACAAUUAGUGCUGGCUUUUUUUUUUUUCCUGUUUGUUUGUUUUUGAACACACUGUUAGCUGAAAAGACAAAAAAAGGAAAGCAAACUUUAGUCUCAUGUACAAAUCAUUUUUAUUUCUAGUUUUUAUUGUAUUUUUAAGUCCUUAUUUUGGAUGCUGAAGCAGUGAUUUAAACAAAGGAACAGGAAAAACCAAGCUGUAUGCAAAGUCUGUAAAUAUAUUAAAAAAAAAAAAAAAAGGAAAAAAAGAUGUGGGUUUGUUCAUACUAGGCUAUACACACGCACAUGACUGGAAACUAUUUGUAAACUAGCUUUGGUUUGUGUAAUAAAUUACUUUCUAUAACA